UCUGUCUCCCUCUCCGGUCUCCUCUGAUUUGAAUAGGGAGGAAUCUGCGGAGAGCGGCUGUGUCUGCCAGCGCUCUUUUGUUCAGUAGCUCCGUGCUGCCGGCGAAGUACAGAUCGGCUCUUCCCGCCGCCGAUCCCCGCUCUCGUCCCCCGUGUGGCAGGACUUUUUUUGGUUUUCGGAUCCGGCUCAAGCGUUUGAAGCCCAGAACGAAACCCCGGUUUUUGGACGCCCGCGUGUUGUUUUAUUCCCACCCCCCUCCCUUUUUGAUUGAUUUGAUUCGAUUGAUUGAUUGACUGACGCAUUUAUUUUGAGGGAGAGAAAAGAAAAAGAAGAAGAAUACAGUCUGCACCGGUCAUUGUUCGGUCGCCGAACGGUGCAGCACCAUCUGAUUUUUUUCCUCCUCCUCGGCGUCCGCGCCGCCUCCGUCUCCAGCAGAUGCGAGCGAGAGGGACCGCGGCACUUGAGCUGUUAGACUCCGCUCAGACCCGACUCCACUCCGCCCGGGGCCCCCGGACCCGAGCACACGCCGCGGCGGGCUCCGAACAAAGGUCAAGGAUGGGGAAUCCAGCAACUGGCACUGGGCUGCGGGCACUGGUCUCUAUUUUCCUCUUGCAAAGCCUGGAACCUGGACUGGCUGCAGGCGACAAGCUGGUCAACAUGAGGAAGGUGACUCACCGCAUGGUGCGGGAGGAGCUGGCCGGCGUCGCCUUCCUGCCCUGCGUCUUCACCCUGCGCCCCAGCCCCUCCCACGAGCCCCCGCGCAUCAAGUGGACCAAGAUGCUCAGCGGGCGGGAGCAGUCCGUCCUGGUGGCCAAGGACAACGUCAUCAAGGUCAAGAAGGACUUCCAGGGCCGCGUCACCCUCCCCGGGUACCCCGACAACCGCUACAACGCCACGCUGGCGCUGACCGGCCUGCGCUCCAGUGACUCCGGGCUGUACCGCUGCGAGGUGGUGGUGGGCAUCGACGACGAGCAGGACACCGUGCCCCUCGAGGUCACCGGUGUGGUAUUUCAUUACCGGGCGCCCAGUGACCGGUAUGCCCUGUCCUUCCGAGACGCCCAGCGGGUGUGCCUGGAGAACUCCGCUGCGAUCGCCACACCGUCCCAGCUCCAGGCCACCUUUGACGACGGCUACGACAACUGUGAUGCGGGCUGGCUCUCGGACCAGACUGUCAGGUAUCCAAUCAGGUCCCCCAGGCCAGGUUGCUAUGGAGACCGAGAGGACCAACCUGGAGUCAGGAACUAUGGCGACAGGGACCCCGCUGAGCUGUAUGAUGUCUACUGUUUUUCAAGGCAGAUGAAAGGGGAGGUUUUCCACACCGCGGUGCCGGAGAAGCUCAGCCUGGCCACGGCCUCCACACACUGCCACUCUCUGGGCAUGCAGCUGGCCACCGUGGGGCAGCUCUACCUGGCCUGGCAGGACGGGCUGGACCGCUGCGACCCCGGCUGGCUGGCGGACGGCAGCGUGCGCUACCCCAUCAACCACCCCCGGCGGAACUGCGGCGGGGACGAGCCCGGCGUGAGGACAGUCUACCAGAACCCCAAUCGCACUGGCUUCCCUGACACCACCUCGCUCUUCGACGCCUACUGCUACAGUGAGAUGCCAGCAGGAGAUAGCAGAGCUCAGGCUGCUGCACUGCUGUUAACCAAGGAGUCGGAGGUAUCGAACUCUGCUGAGGUCAGGCAGACCUGGAGCGGUGAGGCCAGCUCGGGCAGCAGGGGUCACAGCGCACAACAGGACGCCCAGGCCGGAGCCCCGAACCAGCUGGCCCUCGAGCCGUCCACCUGGACCGGUGUUGUCAGCCUGCAGGAGCUCAGCUCGCUUGCGUCCAACGAUUCUGCCGAGAUGUCGGGGGAGCACGUGGUCAUGCACGUGGGCCCGUCCAGCCUGCGGCUCAGAGAGCCGGCGGAGCAGAACGCGGAGGGCCCUCCUGGGACCCGCCCGCAGGCUGCUUCCCCAGGCCCGGCACCGGAGGGCGAGCCUUCCCUGGAGAGCCUGGAGCAGCAGGGGGGAUCCGCCAGAGAGGAAGAGGGGGCAGAGGAGGAAGUGGAGGGGUUAUUCCAGCAGACUGGUGGACACGCAGGACAGUCCCAUCAUGGGACCUCCGUCUCCCCCAGUCUGCAGACUUUGGACAACAACAGCCUGCUGUCUAAUCUGGUUGACUCCCCUGUGUACAUGCGGGGAUUGUUGACGGAUCACUUGGAGGAAGCCUUCUCCUCUACUUUACCCAGCGGGACAAGAGAACCGGCACAGUCCACAAUCAGCCCGGGAAAGGGACCUGCUGCAGAACCUACAGGAGAAGCAAUUGAUGGAGAUUCUAAGCCUGAGACAAGCCAUUUCACUACUCAGAACGCCAUACUGGAGCACAUCAGCGUGAAGCCCUCGCAUGGCGCAUCUGCUGGUGACGGACUCACAGGCUCCAAUAAGGAGAUCUCGGAUCAGGAGAGGGAAACGUUCUUUGAGUCAAGCAACAGCAAUGCAGCUGCGGAAAGAGACCAGGCUGAUGACCGCGGCUGGCCUGUAAGUCACCCAGAUGUUGGCGGAACGAGACAACUAGGUUUGAAAGAAGGUCACAGUGAAGAGGCGGUGCACCUGAGCCACCCAGAGCCUACUGGCAUCCCCAAUAAGACCAGAACAGAAAAGGCUGCAGGUGCAGAAUCCAACAGCCUGCUGCUUCCCGAAGAAUCUCUGUCUGAGGCCCAAGAACUGAAUUUGGAUGCAGAUGUUGAUGCAGAUGCAUUGGGCUUGGAAGACCCCCAGCCAAAAUCACGUGAGGAAGAUGCCAUUUCUCAACAGAGCUCCGCAGGGCUGCACCCUCCACACUCUGAAGGAGCUGUCUUAGCACAGCAAAGAGCAGAGCCCACUGCAGCCAGUCCCACCACUAUCCCAGACACAGAUCCAUCAGCAGGAUUAAUUGUACCAAGACACCCUGGGACAGUGGAUUCGACAAUAGCUGGUAAUGAAUCACCAGGCUUUUUAGCUGCCAGCACUGUGCCAGCCUCACCGACAGUGCCACAUAGCCUUGACAAAUGGACUCUGAAAACCACGGAUAUAAGCACACCAGGCUACCGUGCUUCUGUAGGAGAGCAGACUGCCAUCACAGAAUCAAUGGGGAAAGAAGUUUCUACACCUGAGGCUAUCACCACUGCAGUCACUAGCCAGUCAUCCGCCCUAGAAAAUACAUCCUCUACUUUGUCUGACACCACACUGGAUACGUCAGGAGAAGAGCUGCCUACUUUGAUGGAAGAAGCUUACCCACACCUUGCACAGGGCAGUGUUGCAGCAGAUUCCUCAGAGUCGGUGAGCUCCCAGGAAGCCAAGAGAGCAGCAUUGGACCUCCUCGCUAUCCCAGCCUCUAGGGAAAAUCCUGACAAUUACUCUGGAGAUGGCAAAGAUCCGGAGGAACACUCGCUGCAUCUGGUGCCGUUCCUUCACGCAAAAGAUCAUGUAGCAUUCAAACCCCCAUCCAGUCCAGCUUCAUCAGUGAAAGAGUUAAUUCCUUUUGGAAUAGAAGCAGAUAAGGAAGCUGAAGGAAGUGGAGUAAGGGAUUUGCUUGGUGGGAUGGAUGGAUUUAACGGUAUUAAUGGUUCUACUGUGACCACAGUGGCUCCCACUGCCAUCCCAAGCAAAACAACCCCCGUAGAGAUGGUGUCUUUAGGAAACGCAACCCCCCCACCAACCAGUGAGGUUGUUAUGGAUCAGCAUACAACUGUCAGAGAGCUGGAGGAAGGACAUUCAACCACAUUUUCCACUGGUGUCAAGAGUGGGAUUGAGAUACAAGGAGAGGACACGGCAGGUGGACACUCAUUUUCUGAGCCCACCAGAGAGGUAGUUGCUUUGGUCUCGGAGGUCAGUGCUGCAGAGGCAAAAGGGGAAAUAUUGUAUGCCCGGCAUCCAACUCAAUCACCUGUCCCUUCAGAACCCAAAGGCAUCGUAACAGAAAUACCUUCCAGCACGGAUGGUUUUCUUCUAACAGGUGGACAGUCAACCUUGCACCCUGUGGAGGAGAAAGAAACCCUACAUGAUCGCUACGUGACCGAAGCUGGACCUCACCCCCCAGUUGUUGCUACAACACCAAGCACAUGGGCCACGUCUUUGUCAUUCGUCCCUAUUGAGCCCUUGGCCACCAUUCGGACAGCCACAGCCGAAGCCUAUGCUUCCGAUGUGCCACUGGCCACCCAGAAGCAGCUUCUACAAACAGACGGGGCUCAGGGUCGGUUGUCAUCGCAAACCACGCACGGUCCGGUGGUGCGUCAGUCCCCGGCUCAGUCUGGGCUCUCUGCUCCUACUGGGGGUCCUUCAGAAGACCUUGAUGAGCCCACUGAGCUGCCAGCAGUCUCAGUGACGCGGUCACCUGAGAAAAUGACACAAGGGGAAGUGGACUCCAACCACACUGAGGAGUCGCCACCCCUUUGGUCAGACAGACCGGAGAGCAGCUCUUUCUCUGAGCCGCCAGCAGUGGCAGGCCUGGACUUCAAGGAUUCUGUGGGAGAGGCUAUAACCCAUUCAGUGUUCUUUGAUUAUACACCAGUAGUCCAAGCUGGGAAGCCUACUUUGGAUGCCUCCCCAGUGGAGAAGUCGGCAGGCCCGGAAGACAGGCCUUCUAUGGUUGCUGCAACCACUGACGGACCUCCCUCGGCCACCUCUCAGAGCCAGGUGCUCACCUCUGCCUUGAUGGAGAGCCACCAGAGCAGCCACACAUGGUACAAUGAGGAGGAGGAGAAGAACACGACCACCCCUGGACCAGACUUUUCACCUUCAACAGCAAUGAGUGGGCUUACAGCCAGCACAGGCGCAGCUGAGAAUGACCCCUGCCAGACCAACCCCUGUCUUCAUGGAGGAACCUGCCUGUCCACUGGGGACCUGUACAGCUGCCAGUGUCAGCCCGGCUACUCUGGGGAGAACUGCGAGAUCGACAUUGAUGACUGCCAAUCCACCCCCUGUCAGAAUGGAGGCACCUGUAUCGAUGAGAUCAACUCCUUCGUUUGCCUGUGCCUGCCCAGCUAUGGAGGGGCCACCUGUGAAAAAGACACUGAGGGCUGUGAGCACAACUGGAGGAAGUUCCACGGGCACUGCUAUCGCUAUUUCACCCACCGGCACACCUGGGAGGACGCGGAGAAGGACUGCCGAGAGCACAACGGGCACCUGGCCAGCAUCCACACCCCCGAGGAGCAGGACUUUGUGAACGGGCUGGGCCGCGAGAAUGCCUGGAUCGGGCUGAACGACCGCACUGUGGAGGAGGACUUCCAGUGGACUGACACCAUGGCUGUGCAAUACGAGAACUGGCGAGAGAACCAGCCCGAUAAUUUCUUUGCCGGGGGCGAGGACUGCGUGGUGAUGAUCGCUCACGAGCACGGCAAGUGGAACGAUGUGCCCUGCAACUACAACCUGCCCUACAUCUGCAAGAAAGGCACAGUGCUGUGCGGAGCCCCGCCCACCGUGGAGAACGCCUUCCUGAUCGGCCGGAAGCGGACGCACUACGACAUCCACUCGGUGGUGCGGUACCAGUGCGCCGACGGCUUCCUGCAGCGCCACGUCCCCACCGCCAGGUGCCGCAGCAACGGGAGGUGGGACCACCCCAAGAUCAUCUGCACAAAGCGUGAGUCGGCGCCGUCGUCCCCCACCGAGCUCCACGCAUCCCAUCCGUCCGGUCAUCCAGUCCAGGGUCAUGCGGGGAGCUGGAGCCUAUCCCAGCAAGCAACGGGAGCAAGGCGGGGUACACCCAGGACGGGACACCAGUCCAUCACAGGGCACACACAGACACACACACUCGCACCAGGGCCAGUUUUCCCGUUGGAGAUUUUUUUUCAUCGGACCGGACGCUACUGACCCUGUGUGUCAUUCAGAGUUUGAUCGGAUUAUUUUUCCUUGAUCCUGCGGCUGCCUGCCCAAGAUCGGGGGCGCAGUGCUUUCCUUACCAAGGACGAUUCCUGGCACGAAGACGAUCAUGUUGACGAGGAGGGAGCCUAUCCAGAACAGCCCCACGCCGCAGUACGGCUGCCUGCAGGGCAACAGUCACAGAGUCACUUCAGUGAACUGUCACACACGUUGUCCUGGGUUAGACAGCUGCCCUUGUUAGCUCAAAGGCAGCCCUCGUUCUGUGUGUGUGACAAACGCUUUCACGCCACUUUCUUCACCAGCAGUAAAAAACAUCGCGCACCCACUUUCUAACUGCU